ACGUGACGUAAGCAGAGUAAAGAUGGCGGACGGUGGGAUAGAGGCUAGCGCUAGCUUCAGGCGCUGCUGAACUUCGGGACUUUCUCUCUUUACUUCAGGUAUUUGAACUUUGCGGUGAACGUCGACAGUUGAAUCCGAACACGUGGAGAACGACCCGUGACUUCAGCCGCAGUUUCCCGUGGAGUUUGUCCCGGAAAGGCCUCGCUCAUCCGGGCAUUAGCCCGCAGUAUUAGCACGUUAGCACCGGAGCUUUUGUUUUUGUCCGGGCGGAGCUACAGACCUGCUAGCUUCUUUAUUUUACUCUUUUCUUUACCGAACACUUAUUAUUCUUUUUUAAACCGGACCGAGCGUCUGGUCACUUCCGCUCCCGAAGGUUCGAGCCCCUGGUUCCUUCUCGUCCCGCGGCGGCUUCUACCUUCAAGCUAACUUUGCUAACGAGCCACAUUUCUUUUAUAAACACAAGAGCGUCUGCUGUUUUGUUUUUUUUUAGCUCCGGAUCCGUGUAUGAACUUUACUUCCGGGAAACCAUGGAUCCAAACCGCAGACCUCGAGCAACCAGCGGCAGCGGCAGCAGCGGCGACUCCAGCCCCGCGUCCCCGGGCAGCAGCUGCACGCCGGCCGGCGACAAAGCCGCGACGCCCCGGGGCAACGCGUUCGCCAACGACGGCAGCUUCAUGGAGAUGUUCAAGAAGAAGAUGGAGGCGGAGGAGAGGAGGAAAAAGGAGCAGCAAGCAGGAGGAGCAGGAGACGCCAGUGCUUCAGAACAGGGACAGACUCCAGUGGACAAGAAGCCCCCUCCAGUGACGAGCUUUGUGGGGAAGCGCAGAGGCGGCGUGUUCCUAAAGACCGGCAUGGUUGCGAAGAAGCAGAAAGACGACUCAGAGGCUGUGCCCGGAAAGAGUGACGCCUGGGCAUCGUACAUGGCAGAGGUGAAAAAGUACAAAGCCCACCAGUGCGGCGACGAUGAUAAAACCAGGCCACUGGUCAAGUAGAGUCCAAGGAGGUGAACGUGGAGCCUCACUGCUGCGAGGAGGGAGGGAUGGGGGGGGGGGCAUCGCCUGGGAGAAGCCGUUGUGGGGGGGUGGACGGACAGUCCCGCCCCUUCGUAUUGACAGUUCAAGUGACCCUUCUCAUCACAAACUGCUCAUACUGACAAACUCCCCUUUUUUGUAUUGUUUUUUUUUGUGUUGCUUAUUUGUUGGAUGUCGGUGACUUGAUCUGGUGUCAAACGGUGCUUUGAAAAUUUCAUGAUUAUUGUUCAACCUUUUUUUCUUUUUCAAUUUCUCACUUCUGGUUUCGUUCCGUGAUUUGAUUUUACGCCAACUCGAUUAAAUUCACGUUGCCUAUU